CUACGUUUAUUUCUAUUCGGAGUGUGUUCUAACCUGACAGACGGUGACAAGAAAUUGUUUGAAGUUAAAGUUACAGUGAGCUUACAGUUAAUAAUGGAAAAUGAUAAUAAGACUACGGAAAAGGAAAAAUCUGCUGCGGAGAAACAUGCAGAAAGAAUGAAGCGUUUGCGAGAGUUGCAUACAAAGAGAAAUGAAGCUAGACAGCAAAACCAUAAAGAAGUUAUAGAAGAGGACAAAAGGAGCAAACUUCCUUCCAAUUGGGAAUCGCGUAAACGACAAGCAGAAUGGAUCAUGCAAGAUGAAGCUGCGAAGAAACUAGCACAAGAAAAGGGAGAGGAUUAUGAUAGAACAAAACUACUUCACAUUGAUGCAACCGAAGCAGAGCGCAUAGCUAGGAAAAAGAAGAACAAAAAGAAUCCAGAUCCAGGCUUCUCUGACUAUGAACAAGCAGCUAUUAGACAAUAUAAUAGAUUAGUGAAAAAUGUUAAACCAAAUAUGGAGUCUUAUGAGGAAGCUAGAGAAAAGUUAGGUCCAGCCUUCUAUGGAGACAGAAACACUAUAUUACAUGGUCUUCACGAAGACAAAAAGGAAGCUAUUGAUAAAAUGGUGGAAGAUUUAGAGAAACAGAUCGCAAAGAGGGAUAAGUAUAGCAGAAGAAGAAUGCACAACGACGAUGCCGAUAUCGAUUACAUCAACGAACGUAAUGCUAAGUUCAAUCAGAAAUUGGAGAGGUUCUAUGGAGAAUACACGCGCGAAACAAAAUUAAAUUUGGAGAGAGGUACAGCUAUAUAAUGGCAAAAUAUUACACUAAUGAACUUACUACAAAUAACUUGUAUUUUAAAUAGUAUGUCAAAACUGAUACAAAUAGGUGUCAAACUACUGAUAAGUUGUUGAUUAUUUAAUUAUAAGUGCAGAUGGUACAUUUUCUGGCAUGGUGGUAACCAAUUUGAAACUCUUAUUCGUAUAUCGAAACGAUCAAUUAAUAUAUUUAAUUACGUAUUAAUUUCAUAUAAUGUACGUCACCAUUAAUAAUAAAAAAAAGAAACUUA